AUGGAGACGCUGAAACAGGCGCGUCUAAAUCCUCUCCGUCUUCUUGCAACUCCCACUCCCAAAGGUCUCUUCUCUCGGUCCCUCGGUUUGCCAAAAAUGGCUUCAGGCAGGGAAGAGAGCGGAGUCGAAAGAGGAGAUGGAGUAGUUGUUGUUUCACUUGGCCCCGACCUCCGAAGAUCCCAACUUGGAUGUUCUCACGUCCAGAAGAUUUUCGCCCAAUGA